AUGGAAUUACCAAUAAGAGGGAUGGAAAUGGCCUUAAAUUGUAGCACAGCUUCUUGUAUUGGCAGCAUGAUGGAUGAAGAGCUCAGAGAAGUUUUGGGAAGUUUGAAAGUACAAAUAGGCCAAAAAUUUGAGCGAGCUAGGUGCUCUAUGCCCAUUGAUGCAACAAUAACUCUUUUAGAGACAAAGGAACAAUUUUUAGACAUGUACCUUUGGAAGUUCCGAAACAUAUCCAUAACCCAAGAAAAUUUGUCAGCAUUCUUCUUCUUGUAUUCUCUAGAAUUGCUCUUGGAUGACUUACCAAUUGCUCAAGUCCCUGAGUGUGCUUUGGAAUACACUCAGAAUAUUGACACUGAAGAAUAUAUUGAUUCACAAAAUCAAGCAAUGGGUAGCUUCAAUAGGACCUGGAGCACUCUUGACAUAUUUCCUACAAGCCAGAGUUUGGUUUUUGCUUUUAAGUGUUCACUUUCUCUAGGUCUUGCUGUGCUAUUCGGUUUGAUGUACAACAAGGAAAAUGGAUAUUGGUCGGGACUCACGAUUGCUAUCAGUUUUGUAACAGGACGACAAGCCACGUUUACAGCUGCAAAUGCUCGAGCACAAGGCACAGCAAUGGGAUCAGUCUAUGGAAUCCUAUGUUGCUAUAUUUUCCAAAGAUUUGAGGAUUUAAGGUUCUUAGCAAUGCUACCUUGGAUUAUUUUCACCAAUUUUCUAAUGCAUAGCAGAAUGUAUGGCCAAGCUGGUGGAAUUUCAGCAGUUAUAGGGGCAUUAUCAAUCUUGGGUAGGACAAAUUAUACCAGUCCAAGUGAGUUUGCAAUUGCUAGAAUUUCAGAGGCAUGCAUUGGAUUAAUUUGUUUCCUCAUAGUAGAGAUUCUUUUGAAUCCUGCAAGAGCAGCAACUCUGGCCAAAACUGAACUUUCAAGGACCUUGGGGGCACUUCAAGAUUGGAUCAACAGCAUAGUUCUUUGUUCUAACCAGAAGAACAUGCCAGCUUCCACUUUGCAGGCAUUGAGAGAAAAGCAGAACAAACUGAAAACUCAUUUCAAUGAUUUGAAAAAGUUCAUUUCAGAGGCAGGUUUGGAGCCUAAUUUCUGGUUCUUGCCUUUUCAUGGUCCUUGCUAUGGUAAGCUCCUAGAAUCUUUGUCAAAGAUGUUGGACCUUACAAGUUUCGUGACUUAUAAAAUAGAGUUCCUCUCACAAGUAUUAAAAAGAUUUGCACUUGAUUUGAAUGAGCUCCAAGAACGCAUGAAUGAUGAUCUAGAGCUAUUCAAGGAAAGAGUUGGCUCUUCAUUGAAACACCUUGAAAAGGCGACUUCAAUCAAGUCCCUUGCAGCAUUGGAGAAAGAGUUGCAAAAGAAAGUCAUGUCUCAAGACAUUGAGUUGGGAAAUUCACCAAAUGUAAAUGCGUUCCGGCUCUUUGGUACAGAUGAAGAAGAGGUUGAAAACAUUAUGAGUUCUUUUCUUCGACACUUGAAUGAAGAAGCUGACAAGAUUUAUGCUAAGGCAAUUGAGGAGAAGCUUAAGAGCCAAAUAGUUCUAUGUUUGACUGGCCUGAGCUUCUGCAUUGGUUGUUUGAUAAGAGAAACGAUGGAAAUCGAGAAAGAAGUAAAAGAACUAGUCAAAUGGGAAAAUCCCAAAAACCAUGUUUGGGAAGAAGCAUUGAAGCAAGCUAGGGUGGAUGCUUCGUCUAAUUUGUGGAAGGCGGAGAGCAUAUUCUACCCGGCGGCCAUCCGCGAGGUCUCCUCUACCAACUCCGUGGCUACGGAUGAUCAACCCGAGGAAGAGGUCACUCCGUUGGAAGACUCGCAGGCCAGCGGUUCCGCUAGCAAGGCGCCCAAAGAGGGAGAACUUCAGGAGGUGGCAGCGAGGUCCCAGCAUACGGAUCCUGAGGCCCCUAAAGAGGUUUCGGAGCCCGUGGUUGGCAUUCAGGUGCCUAGUACAGAGGAGCCAACCACACUUGCACAGCCGCCACAGGCCAUUCCCCUUGCUGUGGUCCCUCAGAGUACCGGUGCUGGCCCUGUUCAGCCUCCCCCAGAAGGGACCAUCCUUCCAGGCAUCGAAGCUGAAUCUGUUCCCUCCUCUCAGGACGUGACCGACAAAAAAACAGAAAAGUAG